AUUUUGCUGACAAAACUUUUAUUUAUAGAACACAAUCCUUUUCAAUCUUCUAAGAUUUCGAGAGAAAUUUAAGUAGAAUUAGUUUUAUUUUCAAAGUAUAAAAGUUUCUACUUUCUUUUAGUCUUAUAUUUUUAUUAGAUCGUCUUAAAAAUGGCUGAUAUUGACGACGUUACCAACGACGAUAAUCUCCUCGACUCCGCUUUGGAGACUAGUAAAGAAGAAGCUGAUGAUUCGGUUUUGAAUGAAAUCGCGAAUGAUUCAGUUGUCGAAGAUGCUGAGGAUCCGGAACUUGAAGCGAUCAAAGCUAGAGUAAAAGAGAUGGAGGAAGAAGCCGAGAAGCUAAAGGAGAUGCAAAAACAAGUUGAACAGUCUAUAAUGAGCCCACCAGCACAAGGUAUACAUAAAACUGUAGAGGAAAAAGCUGAAAUCGAUUCCAGAUCAGUCUAUGUGGGAAAUGUUGAUUAUUCGGCAACAGCAGAGGAGUUGGAGCAGCAUUUCCAUGGUUGUGGUUCUGUGAACAGAGUGACUAUCUUGUGCGACAAGUUUACUGGUCAUCCUAAAGGGUUUGCAUAUGUUGAGUUUGCUGAUAAAGAAUCUGUAAACAAUGCUGUAGCUCUUGAAGAUUCACUGUUCAAGGGAAGGCAAAUAAAGGUUUCUGCAAAAAGGACAAAUCGACCUGGCAUCAGUACAACAAAUCGAGGUAGAGGUAGAGGACGUGGAUUCAGGGGAGGUGGAGGUAUGGGAGGAUUUUACCAACCAUACAAUCCAUUUGGCAGCUUUCCAAGGGGCAGAGGAAGAGCAAUGUUUAGGGGUCGAGGAAGAGCCAACUGGUAUUCCCCAUACUAAGAGUGAGGUGUUUACAAAUAACUUCACUAGCAUUUUCUAUACUAAUAUUGCGAUGAGAUUUUUUCUACAGGAUUGUUUCUUGGACUGAUAACAGAAGUACCACACCCAAGUGCCUAGUGAGUAAUGAAAACAGUUCACUUUUACGCUGGUGUUAAAGGACAGGUUUGCAUAUAAUGUAAGGCAACAACAAGAUUGGAGUACAUAAACAAAAAGAAGAUAACAAACUGUAAAUAGAGAGAGCGUGAGGUAUUAAAAAAAGAAGGAAAAAGAAAAGAGCAGGAAAAAAGAACAUGGUCAAGAAAAAGAAAAUAUCCAGGAAAAAAUGAAAACAUUCCAGUGAAAAAAAGAAAAAGAAGAAAAAAGAUGGCAACAAAAGAAAAAACAUUUAAAGGAUUCAAGAUAAAAACUCUCAAAAAUAGAAAUCAAUAUUAGGGGUUAUGUAGGGGUUUAUAUAUCAACUCAAAUCUCAGCCUUUACUCUUUCCUUGAUUGCCUCUCUUUUCAUACUUUUUCUCCUCCAUUCUCCUUUUUUUACCCUCACCUCAGCCAUUAUACAGGGAAAAAACUAAAAGGGUCAAGGGAUGCACACUUUUAUUCUUGUUCUUACAGUUAGUACACUACAUGGGCUAUUGUGGGUUCAUUUGUUUCUUUUAUCAAUAAAAUGUACUUUCAAAACAAAA